AUGACCCUAGACUCCAUAAUGGCGUGUUGCCUCAGCGAGGAGGCGAAAGAAUCCAGGCGGAUCAACGACGAGAUCGAAAGACAGCUCCGCCGUGAUAAGAGGGAUGCUCGCCGGGAAUUGAAGCUGUUGCUUCUCGGUAAGCUAGUGGUGAUGAUGAUAUGCAAAUAAAGGCCAAGAUUCCAUUUGGGUGGUGCUGUGCGAGCUACUCCUGAAAACCAGCCUGUAACUUUGUAGCCAGCCACACAUGCCAAAUUGUAGCAGUUCUCUCAAUUUCAAGUGUUCCAAAGCCAUUUUAUUUGAAUAUUGCUACCAUUUAGACUUUUAAAAACUCGCACGAACCAUCCAACUAUUCAUUUCAAUAAGUAGUAACUAGGAUUAUAGACUUGUGGUCUCCGUCUGUUUACUGACUAGGCCAAAGUCUAGGCGUUUUAUUGGUAGCAAUUACAGGGUCUAGAAAUCCUGAGCUAAACGAGUGUUUACCUGCACUACAUAUAACACAUGUAGAUUUUCCUGAAUGUUUCGAGUCGGAACGUUUGGCCCAACAAUCUGUGCCCACGCCUCUGAAUUUGAAAGCCUUUUUUUUAAAGGUACAGUCUAAAAUACGGUAAUCUGUUCAAUGGUCAUUUCAAUUCCUGACAUUUAACCUACCUAUUGACUCAUGAAGAAUAUUACUUAUAGAUUCCUAAUGCUUAGCGCAACUGUCUUUUUCUAUCACACCCCCAAAAUAUAAAGGUUUAUUAGUGUUUACAAACUAGAAGACCGUAAGCAAGAAAUAGGCCAAUGGCUUUAAACAUAUUUUGAAGGUAUCAUGUGGAUGUCAUGGAUUGUCAGUCCUUGCAUCUAGAGCGCUGUCUAUGAAUUUGGGAGGGGUUACAUUUCCCCUGCUCCAUCCCUCAGCUGGCUGUAUAGGCCUAUAUCAUAAAAAGUGACAGGGACCACGUUUGGUUAAUUAUUGAAUCCUAGAAUGUAGCUUUAAAGGACCAUCUUUUACUAAGUUACUAUUCAUCACCUCACCUCACAGGUGCAUGUGUUUUAAGGUCCCUGUUUGAUCCGUUUUUGAUAUAGGCCUGGCAUACUGUAUGAUGAAAGUUACUUAUGUAAAAAGACUGGGUUGUAAAUGGUACUGGAUUUGAAAGGGGCAGAUGUAAUCAAAUCAACUCCUAGCUGCCUGAACUGCCUGAACUGAAUGCCAGCUCUCAUAGGCCUACGGACAUGGGUCAGUAAACUGGAUUUUCCUCACAUUUGCUACAGGGCAGCAACGACGCAACAAAUCUUUGAAAUGCAGUAUUGGUAAUUCACAGAAAAAACAGGUCAUUGUGAGAGGUCAUUACUAACAGUGAUCGUUCACUUUAGUUUUAUGGGUGUAUCGAAGUCCAACAGUUGUUAAACGUCUCUGUCCCCAAAUGGGUUUGGGGAAUGCAUAUACAGUGAACUUUAGCAUCAUUGACAUUCUUUAAGAAUAAUGUAGCUCAGUUGGUAGAGCAUGGCGCAUGCAACGCCAGGAUAGCAAUAGUGUCCAACUGCAGCUCACAAUUCAGGGCGUUCCUGCAUCCUCAAGCAUCCCAUUGUUUCCUGCAUGAAGCCCCCCCCACACACACUUUUUAAAGUAUUAUCAGUUUUUUUCGCACCUGCCUAACGCAGUCCUCCUUGCUAACUAGCGGGAGCGACACCAGUAGACAGUGUCCUUUGCUCCCGCCUGCCGAACACUUGCCUUUGCAGUCGAUAACAGAACUGCGUGAAAACAGUGCCCAACAGACGGGGGCGAAGGACACUGUCUACCGGUGUACGGCAAGCUAGCUCCUUCUUCUGUGGGGUUUUAUCGGUGAAUGGCAUCCUACGUUCUUGUGCAUUAACGCCACCUACUGUACUGGCACGCCCCCGCCUCCCGCCUGUCCUAAUUUAAAAAUUUACCAAUAGAAGUAUAAAGAGGGGUUCUUGCAGAUGCUGUCGUGCCCUCUUCACAACUGUCUUGGUGUGUUUGGACCAUGAUAGUUACUCGUUUUCAUGCAUUUACAUUUUACAUUUAAGUCAUUUAGCAGACGCUCUUAUCCAGAGCAACUUACAGUUAGUGAAUACAUAUUUUUUUAUACUGGCCCCCCGUGGGAAUCGAACCCACAACCCUGGCGUUGCAAACGCCAUGCUCUAUCAACUGAGCUACAUCCCUGCCGGCCAUUCCCUCCCCUACCCUGGACGCCGCUGGGCCAAUUGUGCGCCGCCCAUGAGUCUCCCGGUCGCGGCCGGCUGCGACAGAGCCUGGAUUCGAACCAGGAUCUCUAGUGGCACAGCCUUAGACCACUGCGCCACUCAGGAGUCACUCAUGCACAUGUUUUCAUUGAGAAAUACUGCACCAAAUAUCUUAGUUAGAUGUGAAAUUGCCCGACUAAGAUUUCCUCGGCAGAAACGUCAAAAUUAAUGACAGAUUUCUUAAAUUAUCUUAUAUUAAUUCAGACGCUAUGGCGUCUGAAAAUGGACAAACAGAACUAUUGCGUUUUUUCUCGUUUUUCAAGUGAAGGUCUUUUUAAGGGAGUAAACGAGCACACUCGUUCGGUUCGCCUAGCCGACUUCGACUAGCCGCCAACCGAACUGAAGCAUACUGACGCAUUACCUAAAGUAUCUUGAUGGGAACACCCCUAGAGCUGUCUGUUUGUGAAUUCCGGUGGGAUCCUGGGUAACAUGUAUUCUAUCACAUACAUUGGACAGUCUGGUGCAAGUCUAUAGGAGAUUUCAGAUGCAUAAUAAAGAACAUCAAUAUUAGAAUGGAAAGCGCUAUAAAUUAAAUGUAUUAUGUUAGGCUACUUCAUUAUUAUUGUAUUUAUCCUUUACCACAAUUUUUGUUGUCUACAGCUACACGUCAUCAUAGAAUGUAGAUGCACAAUCCACAGUAAAAAAUACAAGCAGUGAUGUAAUAUUUCCACAUUUGCGUUAGUUCCCUAAAAAAUGACUUGUCUCAAUGUUAUGAUGUAAUCCACAUGAGAGAAGCUGGUAGAGUGAUGGGGAAGACUGCUGCCUUGAUACAGUCCAGCCUUAUGCUACGUUCGUAACCAAGUGGGAAUUUACCUCAUACGACUAGGAAAAACGACCCUCCAACUGGUAAUUACUAGUGGGAAACUCGUUGAUCAUCCCUGAGCUCCGACUUCUCCCACAUGCGGACCUCUGAUGUCACCUACUAAGGAAAUUACUUCGGUAACAGCAUUUUCGGCAGUUAAAUGUAACAACAAAACAGUAUUUAUAAAAAGCCAUCUAUAAUGUGUUUUUUUAACUCUAUAAAUUGCUUACAAACUUGAUAGCUGUACAUUUAGAUCAUGGUUUACGCAUCUUGUUGGACAUUAGUCAAUCAGCAUUUUUCAACGACUUCAAAGCACCUGAAUGCAUCCAACUGGUAUUUACGACUUCACAACUGGUAAACUCCCACCUCCCACUUUUUUACGAAUGCAGCAUUAGAACACAUUAGUAUUGGUCUCUAUGGUUUAGGCCUGAUUUACCUGCUGCUCUGUUUGUGACAAUUACAUCUCUGCUAUAUAGACAGUGGGGUAAAGUACUUAAGUAAAAAUACUUUAAAGUACUACUUAAGUAGUUUUUUGGGGUAUCUGUACUUUACUUUACUAUUUAUAUUUUUGACAACUUUUACUUUUACUCGACUACAUUCCUAAAGAAAAUAAUGUACUUAUUAAUCCAUACAUUUUCCCUGACACUCAAAAGUAUUUGUAUUUUUUAUUUAUUUAACCUUUAUUUGACUACGCAAGUCAGUUAAGAACAAAUUCUUAUUUACAAUUGAAGGCCUACCAAAAGGCAAAAGGCCUCCUGCGGGGAUGAGGGCUGGGAUUAAAAAUAUAGGACAAAACACACAUCACGACAAGAGAGACACCACAACACUACAUAAAGAGAGACCUAAGACAACAACAUAGCAUGGCAGCAACAUAUGACAACACAGCAUGGUAGCAACACCACAUGACAACAACAUGGUAGCAACACAACAUGGUAGCAGCACAAAACAUUGUACAAACAUUAUUGGGCACAGACAACAGCACAAAUGCAAGAAGGUAGAGACAACAAUACAUCACGCGAAGCAGCCACAACUGUCAGUAAGAGUGUCCACGAUUGAGUCUUUUGAAUGAAGAGAUGGAGAUAAAACUGUCCAGUUUGAGUGUUUUUUGCAGCUCGUUCCAGUCGCUAGCUGCAGCGAACUGAAAAGAGGAGCGACCCAAGGAUGUGUGUGCUUUGGGGACCUUUAACAGAAUGUGACUGGCAGAACGGGUGUUGUAUGUGAAGGAUGAGGGCUGCAGUAGGUAUCUCAGAUAGGGGGGAGUGAAGCCUAAGAGGGUUUUAUAAAUAAGCAUCAACCAGUGGGUCAAGUACUCGUUAUUUGAAUGCUUACCAGGACAGGGAAAUGGUCCAAUUCACACACUUAUCAAGAGAACAUCCCUGGUCAUCCCUACUGAUGAUCUGGUGGACUCACUAAACACACAUGCUUCGUUUGGAAAUUAUGUCUGAGUAUUGGGAGUGUGCGCCUAUCGAUCCGUAAAUUAAAAAAACAAGAAAAUGGUGCCGUCUGGUUAGCUUAAUAUAAGGAAUUUGAAAUGAUUUAUGUUUGAUGCUUAAGUAUAUUUGAGCAAUUACAUUUUACUUUUGAUACUUAAGUAUAUUUAAAACCAAAUACUUUUAGACUUUUUUUGUGCAUUGCAAAAACAAAUAUAUAUUUGUAUUUAAAAAUAAAUAAAUACAUUUACAUUUAAGUGUAAACUUAAACAACUAAAACCAAAUAGAAAGUAUGUAGAAAAGAUAAGGCACCUAUAUAUUUUUGAGAACUUACAAUCAACAAAAUAAAAGCUAGAUAAUCAGGCCCCCAUUGAUUUUGUUAUAAUGUUCGAGCAUAUGAACACAGCAUUAGCCAUGUCAAAAUGUAUAGAAUUGCUGGAAAUUUGCUUAAAAACUGCAAUAUUCUCUCAGCUCCAUGGCAAAACGUAUAGAAUUGCAGGAAAUUUGCUUUAAAAAUACAUUUCCUAACUUUCCUUUUAGCUAAUGGGACGCAGUCUUCUAAUAGGACUGUAAAGCAUCAUAGUAGCCUUGAUCCUACAGUGUGACAUUAGAUAUAAUAUCCUAUAGAUAUAAUAUACUCCUUGAGUACAUUGAGGUUCCAGAGAGGGAUCUCUGCUGUCGAUUGGUAGCCUAACAACUAUUAUUAUUAUCAAUCCUGGGUCAUAUUCAUUAGUGCACAACUUAGCAAAUUAUAGCAAAACAUUUUUGCAAUGGAAAUCGAAAAUAAGCGUUUCUUAUUCUGGUAGUCCCUCCCUGUUUCAGUUAAAAAUAUAUAUAUUUUGUGCCCAGUGAAUACAUUUAGGCUCUGUUGAGGACCUCUGUCAAGGAUCUCUUCAGGAUCCAGAUCUAGAGCUCACAUCACAAUAGUUAUUGUAUCCAUGGAGAUGUUGUUCUUGGUCACUGACCAGGCCAAGAAAUCUAAGGAGCUGGCAGGAGCAGCCGGGAAAGGAGAUCUAGAAUGUGUGUGUGUAUCUACAGUGGGGCAAAAAAGUAUUUAGUCAGCCACCAAUUGUGCAAGUUCUCCCACUUAAAAAGAUGAGAGAGGCCUGUAAUUUUCAUCAUAGGUACACGUCAACUAUGAAAGACAAAAUGAGAAAAAAAAAUCCAGAAAAUCACAUUAUAGGAUUUUUAAUGAAUUUAUUUGCAAAUUAUGGUGGAAAAUAAGUAUUUGGUCAAUAACAAAAGUUUUGUCAAUACUUUGUUAUAUACCCUUUGUUGGCAAUGACACAGGUCAAACGUUUUCUGUAAGUCUUCACAAGGUUUUCACACACUGUUGCUGGUAUUUUGGCCCAUUCCUCCAUGCAGAUCUCCUCUAGAGCAGUGAUGUUUUGGGGCUGUCGCUGGGCAACACGGACUUUCAACUCCUUCCAAAGAUUUUCUAUGGGGUUGAGAUCUGGAGACUGGCUAGGCCACUCCAGGACCUUGAAAUGCUUCUUACGAAGCCACUCCUUCGUUGCCCGGGCGGUGUGUUUGGGAUCAUUGUCAUGCUGAAAGACCCAGCCGCGUUUCAUCUUCAAUGCCCUUGCUGAUGGAAGGAGGUUUUCACUCAAAAUCUCACGAUACAUGGCCCCAUUCAUUCUUUCCUUUACACGGAUCAGUCGUCCUGGUCCCUUUGCAGAAAAACAGCCCCAAAGCAUGAUGUUUCCACCCCCAUGCUUCACAGUAGGUAUGGUGUUCUCUCAUAAUUCUUUGUCCUCCAAACACGACGAGUUGAGUUUUUACCAAAAAGUUAUAUUUUGGUUUCAUCUGACCAUAUGACAUUCUCCCAAUCCUCUUCUGGAUCAUCCAAAUGCACUCUAGCAAACUUCAGACGGGCCUGGAUAUGUACUGGCUUAAGCAGGGGGACACGUCUUGCACUGCAGGAUUUGAGUCCCUGGCGGCGUAGUGUGUUACUGAUGGUAGGCUUUGUUACUUUGUUCCCAGCUCUCUGCAGGUCAUUCACUAGGUCCCCCCGUGUGGUUCUGGGAUUUUUGCUCACCGUUCUUGUGAUCAAUUUGACCCCACGGGGUGAGAUCUUGCGUGGAGCCCCAGAUCGAGGGAGAUUAUCAGUGGUCUUGUAUGUCUUCCAUUUCCUAAUAAUUGCUCCCACAGUUGAUUUCUUCAAACCAAGCUGCUUACCUAUUGCAGAUUCAGUCUUCCCAGCCUGGUGCAGGUCUACAAUUUUGUUUCUGGUGUCCUUUGACAGCUCUUUGGUCUUGGCCAUAGUGGAGUUUGGAGUGUGACUGUUUGAGGUUGUGGACAGGUGUCUUUUAUACUGAUAACAAGUUCAAACAAGUGCCAUUAAUACAGGUAACGAGUGGAGGACAGAGGAUCCUCUUAAAGAAGAAGUUACAGGUCUGUGAGAGCCAGAAAUCUUGCUUGUUUGUAGGUGACCAAAUACUUAUUUUCCACCAUAAUUUGCAAAUAAAUUCAUAAAAAAUCCUACAAUGUGAUUUUCUGGAUUUUUUUUCCUCAAUUUGUCUGUCAUAGUUGAUGUGUACCUAUGAUGAAAAUUACAGGCCUCUCUCAUCUUUUUAAGUGGGAGAACUUGCACAAUUGGUGGCUGACUAAAUACUUUUUUUCCCCACUGUAAAUGUGAAUAGGGCUGUAAUAGGUGAUUAUGGCUUUUGGUUUGUUUGUCGAAGUCCUGACUCUGGGUCAGAUGUUAUCCUUGUCUGGAUAUAGUGCCUCGCACUUCUUCAAUUACCCAUGUCUUCCUUCCUUCCCCCUCCUCACCUCUCGUGGUCCUCUGUAGCUCAAUUGGUAGAGCAUGGCGCUUGUAACGCCAGGGUAGUGGGUUCGAUCCCCGGGACCACCCAUACGUAAAAAUGUAUGCACACAUGACUGUAAGUCGCUUUGGAUAAAAGCGUCUGCUAAAUGGCAUAUUAUUAUUAUUACCUCUCACCCCUCUCCCCCUUUAUCAGGUACUGGAGAGAGUGGGAAGAGCACCUUCAUUAAACAGAUGAGAAUCAUCCAUGGCGCUGGCUACUCAGAGGAGGACAAGCGCAGCUUCACCAAGCUGGUGUACCAGAACAUCUUUACUGCCAUGCAGUCCAUGAUCCGCGCCACAGAGACCCUCCGGAUCCCUUACAGAUAUGAGCACAACAAGGUAAGGAGGGAAGGAGGGAGAGAGAGAAUGGAAGUGUGUGUAUGACAGUGACAGUGAGAGUGAGAGAGGUGUGUUAGCGAGCAUAAGGAGGAGAUUACGCAAUCUUUCAUGGAACAGUCCUCCACAAUCACAUCCUGUCUGUUUUGGAACUUCCUGUGUCUUCCUGUCACUCUCAACCAACCCCCUUCCAUGUCAUCCAGCCAAGGGUUUGUGUGUGAGAGAGGAAAGUCAUCUGGUGUACUACUGAGGUCUUAUUUCUCGGUUUCAGUUGUCUGCGUAGACAUAUGAAUUCCUCUUUGAUUAAGACUGGUGCCCCUUGUCGUAACCCUAAACCUAAUUCUGCCUAUUUGUUUGAUCAAAUAAAGUGGUGCUAUCCCUUUCCGGUUACAAAAAAGUUGGGUCUACAGGAAAUAAAGUCACCUCUAGAGCUGCAGGUAAUUCCACAUGAAACUGGCCAAUAGAGGAACUGAGACCUAUCUGUUAUCGACUGGCCAUGUCUCAUAUGAAUCACUAGGCUUGGUGUGACAUCUGACCAUGCAGUCUCAGAUUGUUAUUAGAGGAUAGGAUGGUUCGCUUAUGUAUGUUCAGUGGUUUAUCUGUUGUUCUUAAGUGUUCAUAUAGUCUUAUAUUGAUUAAAUCACAAGUGGCCUGUAUUGUAUAUGAAGCCUGUGGUAUAUUCCUGUUAUGCUGGCUUAACGAUUGGAUACUUUCAACAAGGGGCAGUAGCAUGUCAUUUCCAGGUUGUCACAAGGCAAAAACAAUCUCUUCCUUUUUGGGUUUUGGUGUACAAGGUACAAUAGAAAUAAGUCAUGAGGUGAGGCCAGAUAAGGAAGUGAAGACAGUCAUGUCACGUGGGGGAAUUCCUUUUCCUUUUUCUAAAUAACAUUAGAACAUGAUACUGCUGGAGUUGGGCUAUGUGGUAGCUUCAUAUUAGGCCCUAAGAGUCAUCUGUGGAACGGCAUAUAGUGAAAGAAAUAGGCCACGUUCUAGGUUCUUUAGCAGUGCAUCUCAGAAGAUUCCUAUAUCAUAUUAAUUGGCUUCCUGAGACGUUAAUUAAACACCUCUCCAGGAGUAAUGGGAUCUGAUCAUCUGUGCACUACGAUUGCAAAGUAGACCACCUGGAACGCGGCAAUACUCACCAACUGUCAAGAUUGCCUGCCUCUGCCUGGGUUAUGAUUUAGUCCCAUUUCAGACACACAGAACCUUGAAUUGAUACCAUUUAAUUUAUAUGUUUGUUUCUGUCGACUGAAAGUCUAACCUGGAGGAGUGUCUUAAUCAGUUUUUUCCUCUCUCAGGGCAACGCUAACGUGGUCCGAGAGGUGGACGUGGAGACAGUCAGCACGUUUGCGAACCCCUACUUAGACGCCAUCAAGUGUUUAUGGAAUGAUCCAGGCGUCCAGGAAGCUUACGACAGGAGACGGGAGUACCAGCUGUCGGACUCUACCAAAUAGUGAGUAAAUGAGAUCUCUAACUCUACUUGUAAAAGCUUAAAAGAGACAACUUCAAUGGUCACGAUGUUGUAAAUACUGUGCUUUAUCUAUGGUCAACAAAUAGUUAGUAAAUACGAGAUUUCAUGGUCGAAUGUUCCCUAGGCUGCCAACUUAAAAUAUCAGACCGUGUCUUUGGUCAUGUUUUCGAUACUUUCAUCUAUUACCAUCACAUUCCCCUCCUCCCGGUCAGUGGGCACUCACAUACUUUUUUUGUCUCCGUAGUUACAUGAAUGCUCUGGACCGGAUCGCAGAGGCCUCUUAUCUUCCCACCCAGCAGGAUGUGCUGAGGGUUAGGGUCCCCACCACAGGCAUCAUCGAGUACCCCUUCGACCUCCAGAGUGUCAUCUUCAGGUAUGCCAACCAUCAAGCUCACUGGGAUAUUCUAUUCUAACAAAGCAACAAUGGAAUAGAAUGACACCCUGAGAUGAAGGAUCGUCUCAGUUCUCACACUAGCCACUGAUUAUAUGUAGCCUUCCACUUCCAUAUUGGUGUAGUGGGGAGAACAGACCAGUGGGUGGAGCUCUACCAAUUGAUGUUAUAUUCUUGAGGUAUCUACACUCAGUGGCCAUCUAGUACCGGGUCGGACCCCCCUUUGCCUCCAGAACAGCCUGAAUUCUUCGGGGAUGGAAACGUUGCUCAAUUAGUAUCAAGGGACCUAACGUGUGCCAGGAAAACAUUCCCCACACCAUUACACCAUCGCCACCAGCCUGUACCGUUGAUGGAGCCAUGGACCCAUGCUGCUUACGCCAAAUCCUGACUCUGCCAUCGGCAUGAUGCAACAGGAACCGGGAUUCGUUGGACAAGGGGAUGUUUUUCCACUCCUCCAUUGUCCAGUGUGGGUGAUCGCGUGCUCACUGGAGUCGCUUCUUCUUGUUUCUAGCUGAUAGGAGUGGAACCCAGUGUGGUCGUCUACUGCAAUAGCCCAUCCGUGACAACGAUCGGCCAGUUGUGCGUUCCGAGAUGCUGUUCUGGACACCACUGUUGUAGUGCGCUGUUAUUUGUACGAUUCUCACGAUUCUCCUUUGACCUCUCAUUAACGAGCUGUUUUCGCCCACAGGACUGCCACUGACUGACAAUGUUUUUUGUUUGUCGCAGCAUUCUCUGUAAACCCUAGACACUGUUGUGCGUGAAAAGCCCAGGACGCUUCCCGUUUCUGAGAUACUGGAACCUGCGCGCCUGGCACUGACGACCAUACCACGCUCAGUUGCUUUGGUCGUUAGUUUUGCCCAUUCUAACAUUCAAUUGAACAGUAACUGAAUGCCUCGAUGCCAGUCUGCCUGCUUUAUAUAGCAUCCCAAGGCCACGUGACUCACUGUCUGUAGGAGUGAACCAUUUUUGUCAACGGGUGGUGUACGUAAUAAAUAGUGUAUAGGACAGGCUUACAAGUUCACUGAAACAAUGAUCAUGUAGCAAACACGAAUAGGACCUACAGUAUAUUUCCAUGCCAACUCUAGUGGUACUCAAGUCAUCUGCACUUAACGUUGCUCCUCUGUUCCUGUGACAGGAUGGUGGACGUGGGGGGUCAGAGGUCAGAGAGGAGGAAGUGGAUCCACUGCUUUGAGAAUGUCACAUCCAUCAUGUUUCUGGUGGCACUCAGCGAGUAUGACCAGGUGCUCGUAGAAUCCGAUAACGAGGUGAGCGUUUUUGUUAACAACUGUACAGUAUGUCUAUCACACACACACAACAGGGCCGGUGUUAUGGGCGGGCCUUAGGGGGUCUAGCCUGCCCUACCGUAUCUCCGUGCCUGUCCAAAUAAAAUAUUUAAGUAUUAAUCAUUUUUGACGAGCGCCGACAGAAAGACUCAUGAAUCUCAGAUAAAGCAUCAAAGUGAGCUAAACAGCGCCCCUCUGUCACAGUAUGUGUAGCCCAUGUAUCUGAUGCUGUCUGGCCAAAAAGGAUUAUGGCAUGUCAUACUCUUUUUGGCCAUACAGCAUCAGGUACAUGGGAUACAUAUAGUAAGACAGAGGGGCGCUGUUUCGCUCGCUCAGAUGCUUUCUCAAAUCAAAUCAAAUCAAAUGUUAUUUGUCACAUACACGUGUUUAGCAGAUGUUAUAGCGGGUGUAGCGAAAUGCUUGUGCUUCUAGCUCCGACAGUGCAGUAAUAUCUAACAAUUUCACAACAUAUACCCAAUACACACAAAACUAGUAAGGAAUGGGAUUUAAGAAUAUAUACAUAUAUGGACAAGCAAGGACAGAGUGGCAUGGACUAAGAUACAGAAGAAUAUUAUAGAAUAGAAUGCAGUAUAUACAUAUGAGAUGAGUAGUGCAAGAUAUGUAAACAUUAUUAAAGUGACUAGUGUUCCAUUUCUUAAAGUGGCCAGUGAUUUCAAUAGGCAGCAGCAGCCUCUAAUGUGCUAGUGAUGGCUAUUUAACAGUCUGAUGGCCUUGACAUAGAAGCUGUUUUUCAGUCUCUCGGUCCCAGCUUUGAUGCACCUGUACUGACCUCGCCUUCUGGAUGAUAGCGGGGUGAACAGGCAGUGGCUCGGGUGGUUGAUGUCCUUGAUGAUCUUUUUGGCCUUCCUGUGACAUCGGGUGCUGUAUGUGUCUUGGAGGGCGGGUAGUUUGCCCCCGGUAAUGUGUUCGGCAGACCGCACCACCCUCUGGAGAGCCCUGUGGUUGUGGGCGGUGCAGUUGCCGUACCAGGCGGUGAUACAGCCCGACAGGAUGCUCUCAAUUGUGCAUCUGUAAAAGUUUGUGAGGGUUUUAGGUGAUAAGCCACAUUUCUUCAGCCUCCUGAGGUUGAAGAGGCUCUGUUGCGCCUUCUUCACCACAUUGUCUGCGUGGGUGGACCAUUUCAGUUUGUCGGUGAUGUCUACGCCAAGGAACUUGAAGCUUUCCACCUUCUCCACUGCGGUCCCGUCGAUGUGGAUAGGGGGGUGCACCCUCUGCUGUUUCCUGAAGUCCACGAUCAUCUCCUUUGUUUUUUUGACAUUGAGUGAGAGGUUAUUUUCCUGACACCACACUCCGAGAGCCCUCACCUUCUCCCUGUAGGCGGUCUCGUCAUUGUUGGUAAUCAAGCCUACUACUGUUGUGUCGUCUGCAAACUUGAUGAUUGAGUUGGAGGCAUGCUUGGCCACGCAGUCAUGGGUGAACAGGGAGUACAGGAGGGGGCUGAGCACGCAAAUGCCCGUUCAAAUGAUUCGUUCUGGCGCCGGCCCUGACACACACACACACACACAAAGUACACCUAUUUGACUAUUUAGUUAACAGCAGCACUUUGCAUGAAGUUACAUAAUUUGACAAUAGGACUCCCAAUAAUAUCCAACAAAGCAAGUUAAUUACAGGUCUCUGAAACAUUGUACAAUUCGGUCACUCAAAUUACAUUAUUCCAAUUGGCAAAAUAAUGUGAAUAUAUCUGUGGCAAUGGUCUUCUUUCUCAACUAUGGUGUACAACAGACAGGGGUAUUAGAGGCACACCUCUGCACUUCUGAAGGUGAAAGGCUUUUCCUUAUUUAAAAGAAUGGAAAUAAGACAGCUAGACCUCCCUUUCACUUGGAAAUCAGCUGUUUUGAAUACAGCCUCGGGGCAACAGAACUUCCUUAAGAGAAGCUGUUUUGAAUACAGCCUCGGGGCAACAGAACUUCCUUAAGAGAAGCUGUUUUGAAUACAGCCUCGGGGCAACAGAACUUCCUUAAGAGAAGCUGUUUUGAAUACAGCCUCGGGGCAACAGAACUUCCUUAAGAGAAGCUGUUUUGAAUAUAGCCUCGGGGCAACAGAACUUCCUUAAGAGAAGCUGUUUUGAAUACAGCCUCGGGGCAACAGAACUUCCUUAAGAGAAGGCAUACCAUCUGUUUGUUCCCAGCAGUUUCCAGCAUGCUCUUGGCUUUUCCACUGUCUCAGUGUCCUUGGGGAAAAACAUCUGAGAGAGACCGUUAAAACAUCAUUAAUGUUUAUGGUGACGAUACAAUAUAAACAGCAUAAGACCAGUUGGUUGGAUGUAAAGCUGUGACAUUUGACCGUUUUGUCACCUGUACUUCAAACCUGCAGCUCAAACCUCCAUGCAAAUCUGAGAAUUAGAAGACCUGAAAGAUUGCUUGUGGAGCACCGCACACAAAUGAGCAGAGAUUUGUGACAAUACUCUUGUCUAAAUGGAUAUGACAUCAUAGAAUGGACUUUGUGGGUACACUUAAUGUGCUUUAGGUGCUGUGUGUGUGUCUAGCAGUGAAUGUAAAGGUUAAAAGAAAGUACAUAGCAGCCCAGUAGUGAACUGAAAAGGCAUCUGAAGGCCAUCCUCUCUCUCUCUCUCUCUCUCUCUCUCUCUCUCUCUCUCUCUCUCUCUCUCUCUCUCUCUCUCUCUCUCUCUCUCUCUCUCUCUCUCUCUCUCUCUCUCUCUCUCUCUCUCUCUCUCUCUCUCUCUCUCUCUGUGUCUCUCUGUGUCUCUCUAUCUGAUUUAAAACCUGUACUUAACGGGAUAGUGUAGCUAAACUAUCCCUUUAAUGAGAGCAGCUGGACUUAACAAACUGUGUUCUUCUACCCUCGUUUCUCUCUCAGAACCGAAUGGAGGAGAGUAAAGCUUUGUUCAGGACCAUCAUCACAUAUCCCUGGUUCCAGAACUCUUCCGUCAUCCUCUUCCUCAACAAGAAGGACCUCUUGGAGGAGAAGAUCACGUACUCCCACCUGGUCGACUACUUCCCGGAGUUUGACGGUGAGUGGCCUCACUUUACGUAAAGCCUGUGGGUAUAAUGGUUUAUGAGUUGUUAAAAGCAUUCAUGAGCCUUUAUAAUGUGUAAUAACAAGGCUUAUAAUAUAUUAAUGUCUCUAACAUAGGUCCCCAGAGAGAUGCCCAGGCUGGCCGCGAGUUCAUCCUGAAGAUGUUUGUGGACCUGAACCCAGACAGUGACAAGAUAAUCUACUCCCACUUCACCUGCGCCACGGACACGGAGAACAUCCGCUUUGUGUUCGCCGCCGUCAAAGACACCAUCCUGCAGCUCAACCUGAAGGAGUACAACCUGGUGUGA